CAGUAGGUAGCUGCUCUGAGCGAUCGGCCUGAGUGCUGAAGUAUCGCGUGAUCUUACUGAAGAUCCAAACUCCAAAACUCUAAAUCAUUUAUUCAAAGUAGAAUCUCGCUGCGUCGUCAGAAGUGUUUGGAAGAUACAGUUGUGACAGAAUAGAACAGAGAUGUCCACUCGUCGGAACCGCGGGUAUUUCAAGAUGGAGGCGGUCGUGGAAGUCGGAAGCCCUCUCAAGGGGAACCGGGAUACAAACAGCAAUUUCAGCACAGAAAAUAACAUUCCGCAGGGCGGCGCGGCCGGCGUCUUCCGACAGAAAUCAUUCGGGACCUGCGACCGCCAACUGUCAGCCUUGUCGUCGUUCGUGCGAAAUGCUCGCUCCGUCAACAAGACGGCCGGCAUUGCAAGUCUCUUCACUCGCAACAUGGCAGCCACAGUGAACACUUCGAGUCCGUGGCCGAACAGUCGAGAAGACUACGAAUUACGAGAUGUCAUCGGUGUGGGAGCGACGGCCGUGGUGUUCUCAGCGUACUGCAAACCCAGAAGCGAAAAAUGUGCCAUCAAAAGAAUUAACUUGGAAAAAUGGAAUACUUCUAUGGAUGAACUCUUGAAAGAAAUCCAAGCCAUGUCCAGCUGCAAUCACACAAACGUAGUCACAUACUACACAAGCUUUGUUGUAGAAGAUGAAUUGUGGCUGGUUUUAAAAUUGUUGGAAGGCGGCAGUCUGCUGGACGUGAUCAAGCACAAGAUGCGCGUCAGCAACUGCCGGCACGGCGUGUUCGACGAGGCCACCAUCGCCACCGUGCUCAAGGAGGUGCUCAAGGGCCUGGAGUACUUCCACAGCAACGGACAGAUACACAGGGACAUAAAGGCGGGCAACAUCCUGCUGGGCGAGGACGGCACGGUGCAGAUCGCGGACUUCGGCGUGUCGGCGUGGCUCGCCACGGGCCGCGACCUGUCGCGCCAGAAGGUGCGCCACACGUUCGUGGGCACGCCGUGCUGGAUGGCGCCGGAGGUCAUGGAACAGGACCACGGCUACGACUUCAAGGCGGACAUCUGGUCGUUCGGCAUCACCGCCAUCGAGAUGGCGACGGGCACCGCGCCCUACCACAAGUACCCGCCCAUGAAGGUGCUCAUGCUCACCUUGCAGAACGACCCGCCCAAUUUAGACACAGGCGCAGACGAAAAGGAUCAGUACAAAGUUUACGGGAAGACGUUUAGGAAAAUGAUAAUAGAGUGCUUGCAAAAGGAGCCGUCCAAGCGGCCGACGGCCACGGAACUGCUGAAGCACCCGUUCUUCAAGCGCGCCAAGGACAAGAAGUACCUCACGCAGACCCUCGUCGCCAUCGGGCCCAGCAUGGAGACCAGGGUGCACAAGGCCAGCAAACGGCAGGCGGGCGCGUCGGGGCGCCUGCACCGCACCGUGACGGGCGAGUGGGUGUGGAGCGAGGAGGAGGAGGAGGGCGACGAGACCGAGGCGGCCGCCGACGAGGACGACGCUCCCGAGCGCCGCCCCAUGAACCAGCUGCAGCGCGCCGACUCCAGCGCCAGCGAGAACGAAGAGGACAGUCCGGCGAACGAGGACGCUCGGCGCGCCGCGGCGCCCGCGUCGGCCGCCGCAGCGCCAGCGCCCGCUACGGAGCCCGUCGUGAUUCAUUUAGUUUUGAGGCUAAGGAAUUCGCGGAAGGAACUGAACGAUAUACGUUUCGAGUUCAUCAUGGGCGGCGACACGGCGGAGGGCAUCGCCGGCGAGCUGGUGGGCGCGGGGCUCGUGGACCCGCAGGACGCGGCGCCCAUCGCCGCCAACCUCGCCAAGCUGCUGGCGUCCCAGCCGCGAGCGCCGCCCACCAACACUGUCACCUUCCACCUGAACUCGACCGCGCCCAACGAGCAGUUCGACGACAAGACCCUGGUGGGCUUCGCGCAGAUAUCCAUCGUCGACGACUCGUAAUCUCACCUAUACUUAUUAAUUCCUAGCCUAACGCAUGCACGCGGCUCCGUCUGCGUGGAUUAAGGUUUUAUAUUUAUUAGUACGAAUAUUGUAAUGAAUGCAGAAUGUAUCGUUUCACUUACGAAUGGUGCUAGCUGGCUGGUGAAUCUCUCGUUCUGAUGUUAUCACUUCAAUUUGGUAUCGUCUCCGAAUAGUCGAUGAGGAGAGUCGCGCGUGCGCAGAGCGCCGCCGGGCCAAAGAUCUUUAGUUAACAAAUGUCUUAAAUAAUAACUAUACCCUAUCAGCGGGGUGAAGUUAGUACAGCGUUCUCUCUGUUUGUCUCUAUCGUUUGUAUGCUUACGUAACAGAGAGCGCUAUACAAAUUUCAUCCCGCGGAUAGGGUACAGGUGUAUGUAUAGUCUGUUAUAGAGAAGACGCCUGUGCCGAUUCCGUCGCACACGAUCUGUAAAAAUAUAUAACGACCAGUAAGAAGCUCGGUCUUAAACUAAUGCUGUCCUUUUUAGAGGGGAACAUUGUGAAAAGGACACCACUAUUUUAAGGGUUGUCGAUUUAGUUGAGAUUGUGUACAACAGAAUUUGCACGCUGGUUAUAUAAUUUGUGCUAAACGAACAAUAAAAUAAAUGUAGUUUAAAAAUAAGUACUUACAUAUUAUACGUGUAAUAUAUAGAUAUUUAAAGAGCAGGUAUCGUCGGCUAGAACUCAAAGCAAUUACGAAUUCAAAGAAUUAUACAGACAGAUGGACUAGUUGUGCGUCGAUAGUCGCCUUACAAAUGUUUAUAUAAACAUUACAUUUGGUGUGUCAGUCAGUAAUCGGAGCAACUCCGCUAGUGUGUAUUUGUAUAUAUGGAUAAACUGACAUACAUAUCAACAUACGCACCGCUGGAACCUCGGAGUGUAUAUUGUAGAGCUUUACUCAGGCUCAGCGAGCUGUAUGUGUAUCUAGCUGUAUAUGAGAAUAUAAACUUGUUUUGCGAUAUUGUAAACAUUUAACGGUUCUGGGCUUUAAAAUAAUAAUUAUUUAUUAUAUCUACAAUAUCUAGAAGAGAUUUUUCGCAAAAAAAUGUGAUGUAUUUUCCUCUCUACGCCGACCAUACUUGCGGUCCAUAUGUAUUACGCCUUUCCUUUUGGUACUGUAGCGAGUAACGAAUAUUUGGUAUUAUUAUGAUAUAAGUAUAUUAAAUCAUGGAUCCCGAUAUAUAUUUUUAGCGCUAGUAUGAAAUGUUAUACGUAAUCGACGCCAGGGUGAUGCAAUAAUUCGAAACACUUCAGCGUUAAAUAAAAAUGAACCUGAACUGUUUCGAUAAGACUAGCUCCGAGUGGAAUCAUUUUAAAGUUGUACCUGCGCAGAAAUCUUAUUGGGAAUGGUGCGAACAUGUAUCAGCGAAACAUAGCGCGUAUAUACGCGAGCAUAUUGUACGCGAGUUAUGAGCGAGAUAGCGCGAGUCUGUCGCUCUUGUGUUUAGAAUGUUAACGUCAAACGAAGGUCUGUAUUCGGGUUUAGUCGGCGUUAGGAACUAAUUUUAUCGAUGAGGCUCAUGAAAGUGGUGGUACUGAAGUAUUCCUCGGCGUACGCGCUACAUACCAACGCACAAGUCGACUGUGUGUUUGUGCGCACUGCGCUAGGCCCGGAGUCCACUGAAGCGGAGACGGGGGGCUACCAGAAUAUUGAUCGAUGGCGCGGUAUCGUUCACGUCAUCUAUCUGUAGUCGGUAAUUUUGGCUUCGGUGGUUACCGGUCUUUACGUGAUACUCCGAGGAAAAGCUGCGUCGACAAAUGAUGAUAGUGAAUUCAUUUCUAUAAAAGUGAUAAAAAAUUGUUGCUGAGUUGAUUGAAGUCAAUCUCUCUUGUGGAUGCAAAUAAACUAAUAAUUGUUAAUAAAAAUACAACCGAAUUAGCACCAAAACCAAAACAAGGUAUUAAUUUAAUUUGUUUUAAAAUCAUUAGUUGUACAAAAAUAAGUUUUAGUAUUGUAUUUAUAUUAAUGUCAUUUUUAAACGAUUUUAUAUGAAGUAACGUUUGUAUGUGAAUAAAUUUAUUUUGUGCAUACUUGGAUCGUUUACAUUGGUGGUGUUGGUCCGCUUUGUGUUCGUGGCUAACUAGUUUAACCGCAGUUUGGAGAGUCUAUAAGGAUUUUUUUUUGUAUAUAUAUGAAUAAAUUAAAAAAAAAAGUCAACUCGGGGUCGCCGUGUCUGUGUGUUUAUGUGUAACUAACAAACGCCUGACUAAUGAACCCUAUCCAAUCCGGAACUAUCCACCUCAGUAAAGUGUACUUAUCUCUCAGUAGUACAGAACAAUCUCUGAAGCGUCGCGGGCCAUCAGAAGCGAAGCUUCGUAUGCGUUCGUGUGUAAAAUGCUGCACUCUGUCUCACUCACCUGUAAUACGAGUGAGUGAGACUAUGUGAACCGAGAAGCGCUGCCCGGCCAGCGAGCUACGUUGCCACAAAUGUCAUGCACUAACCACAAGAACGAGACCCAGCCAACUACUGACGAACCAAUCAGUAGGCUCAUUGCCGCUGAGUGGUCGAAGUGAUAAACGACCGCUUUCAAAGACAUACAUACAUACAUACCUACAUACAUACAUACAUACAUUUCUGUUUACAGGA